UACAUUGAGUGUAUGCUACACUGUGGGAACUUAAAGAUUCCAAACCGCUGUAUCCACCGAUAUUGUUAAAUUUAAUGUUACGUCUGUUAUCUUAAAACAAUGGAGAAUUAGCUAGACUCUUAAUCUCUAGCUGUCAAAAUACAAAUUUAUAACUGAAUGCUAAUUUAAUUACUUGAUUCAAAUGUUUCAAAGUUGUGAUUUCAUCUAUCUAGUUUUACUGAUUUAUCAUGGUGUCCAGCUAAAUCCCAAUAUCACACUACCAUUUCUUGGAGGCAUACCAAUCUUUUCCCUUCAGGUGGAGCCGCUGGGCAGUCUUGGUUUCACCAAAUAUCAUGGAUAUUGUACUGAUAGAGUGUGGAGUACUGAUCACAGCCCACCACCUCUCCCCGUGCCUUCAACUAACACACCUUAUGUUGAUUGGCUGCUAGAGCUCACUGAAGAAGAACUGGAGAAGUUGCCUAACAAGUGUGAGAUUCGUCUCAGAGUAGGCUUGGGUCCUGAGGGACAACUGGUGCUGACAUUUCGAGUUAAAAACAUUGAUUCAAAGCCGUUCUCCUUUCCAUUUGCUUGUCACACCUAUUUCUCUGUUUCAGAUAUCAGUAAAAUCAGAGUAGAAGGACUAGAGACUUCGGAUUAUAUUCACAACACGAAGAACAAUGUGCGCCUUACUGAACAAGGGAAUCCCAUCACAGUUGAAGAAGAAAUUGACAGGGUAUAUAUCAGCACGCCCAAUAAGAUUUCAAUCAUAGAUCAUCAAAGGAAAAAGACAUAUGUGAUUCUUAAACAAGGAUUACCAGAUGCUGUGAUAUGGAAUCCUUGGGAUAAGCAGAAGAAGAUUAAGAGCAAUGUUGAUUUUCGACCUAAAGAUUUCUUACCAGGUUCUUAUAUGGGUUUUAAAAAUACAGAUUACAAACAGAUGUUGUGUGUGGGAGCUGCUGCAAUCGAAAAUCCAAUCAAGCUCGAGGAAGGUGAAGAGUGGAUAGGCAGGCAGGAAAUAUCUUGUGUUUACAAUAGUGGACAGCUUGAUCCUCAGAGAGUUCUUAUGGGAACCUGAAGUUUUGUCAUCAACAUCUUGUACAGGAGGCUAAUGUUCAUAUUGUUACUCAAGUAUCACAAACAAGCAUUGCUAGUUGUUCACAACAACCACAACGCAGCCCUAGCCACGAUAUGUUUGAAUAGACCUAGGAUACUCAGUUUAUGCAUGUUUAGAACAAAACAAUGUUACUUUGGAAUGUAAUAUACGAUAGCUUUUUGGUGGAGAAAAUCUGGGAUGUAAUAUUGCAAGUCACGCUUUUUUAGGAGACUUGUGUGAAUUGAUGAAUUCAUGCUAAGAAUCUUGCUUAUUUCACUAUUUUAGCUAGAUUUUUUAAUUCUUUUGGGCUCUAUGAUGUCUGG